CGCGCGCGUGUGUGUGUGUGUGUCCGGGUCCGGGAGGCUGGUCUCUGACGCGGCAGCAUGAGAUUACAGAGUCAGGUCAAGAGAGUAUCUUUGUCCGUCUGCUGGCAGGCGAGGGAUCAUUGUUUAUUAGCGUCAGCGUUUUAUCGCCACGCGCUGACAUGCGCGUGCUCUUUUUAGCCCCAAACAGUCCCAAAACAGGGAACCGUACCACUGCCGAAAGAAUAAGGAAUCAUAUCGUGGCUGCAGGACACACUUGUGUACUGUGUGAUACGAGAGAGUUGGGCUCAGCCUCUGAUGUAUCGUCCCUGAUGACGCAAGAGCCGCGGUUCGAAGCUGCUCUGGCCAUUCAUCUUUUCAAAGGAGGCAGGCUUCUUUUAGAUGCUGGAGUGCCGUUCGGGGUGGUGUUUGGAGGGACGGACGUCAACGAGGACGUCAAAGAUGAGCACAAGCGAGCUGUCAUGAAGGAAGUCCUGCGCAAGGCCAGGUUUGCUGUGGCGUUCACCGAUAAACUGAAAGAACGUGCCGAGGAGCUCUUGGUAUGUGAGAGCAAGAAGAUCUAUGUACAGCCUCAAGGGAUUGAGACCAGAGUGGCGUCACAUUUCAGCUGGAGUGACUUUUUACACAACACAGGUGUGCAUACCAAGCAAGUAGAAAAUCUGCGUGUGUUUCUGCUGGUAUGUGGACUCAGACGAGUUAAGGAUCCUCUGUAUCUGCUAGAAGCUUUUGCAGAAUGGCACAGACAGAACCCCCUAGUGGUCCUUAUCAUCAUUGGUCCAAAGAUAGAUCCAGUGUUUACAGCUGAGGUUGAGGAGAGUGUCAAGAGAGGUGUUGGAGUGUAUCUGGCGGCUGAUUUGAGUCAGGAGGAGCUGCAUGCUGUCAUGCAGAAAUCAUUUGCCCUGGUCAACUCGUCUCUCUCCGAGGGAAUGUCCGCUGCCAUCCUAGAGGCGAUGGAUUUAGGUUUGCCUGUUUUAGCGAGGGAUGUUCCUGGAAAUGCUGCCAUAGUCGAGCAUGAGGUCACAGGACUGCUGUACUCGAGCCCUCAGGAAUUUGUACGCUUGUCCAGAAAGCUGCUGGAUGACCAUGAGCUCCAGCAAAGACUGGUGAGGAACGCAAAGAAUUACAUUAUAACAUGCCACAACCCAAUGAAGGAGAGAAUAACCUAUCAGAAAGCGGUGGAGACUCUUCACUGACAGUACGAUGAGAUCCUCAUUUCUCUCAGGUCUUUAAGAACUUGAAAAAAAGUUGAGGGCUUUGUGCUCUUUCUAGAGCUUUUAAAACUGAACUGCAUAUUUCGGUUGGAUACGCAAGCCUCUCCCACGACUGCCAAGAUAAUGGUGGCCAUUUGUCACUAAAGUAGGAUAAACAGUAAAGAUAUUUUUAUAGGAUGUUGACUUCUUAAGUUUCACCAGGUAUGAAAGGGACACACAUUUUGCUAUACAUUUACUAAGUACUUCAAUGACUAUUUAUCAGGUCUUAACAAGGAUGUGCUGUGUGCUGCAUGUUUGCAAGUGUUCGUGUUGUGCUUUCGUUGUGUCGUGGUGUUUGAUUGACGAUUGGGUAUAGAAGAGCCAGUGUUACCACCGUUGGUUGUGAGUUUUCUGAGUUAACAUUAUAAUGCAAGCUAGAAAGGUUUCUGCUCUUAGGAGGAUUUCAGCUUGAACUGAACAGACAGCUUGUGUUUGUGUGCAUGUGUGAUACGACGUGGCAGGCAAGAUAUAUACGAUAAAGUAAAAAAGGCUGAAAUGCACCGUACUGAUUUUUCAAAACAAACGUAAGACAUGGGGUGCAGGAAUGCCAGUUUGAGAGGUGCUACAUUUGGCUUGUUUGUUUAAUAAUAGUCAAAAUUGGAGCUUAAAAGUGUUUCAACCGUAGCAAGGCCAAAAUUUUCAGGCUUAAUAAACUCAUAAGCCGAUUCAGCUUCCAAGCUGUUUUUUCCCUAAAGUCCAGAAGGAGAACAGUUAUGUUCUCUGUACGAUAAAUGAAACAAAAUAUUGUUUUUAAGGAAACAUUUUAUUCUUCUGAGGAUUUUUAAUUUAUUCAUGAAAGUUACUGUUCAGGGAUUAAGGUUUGUAUUUAGAGAUUUUGCUAAACAUAUUAUAAAAUAUUUAUUCUGUUUGUAAUUAAGACUGUAUGUCUCAUUUCAGACCAUGACUUUGCAUAAUUGUAUCUACUUUUCUUUGAAUUUCAAUAAAAUAUAGUGUUUGCCUGACGAAGGUCUUUGGCCGAAAUGUUGCUACUUUUAAAAAAAAAUGUGAAUAAAGGGAAUAUAACGGUG